UAACAUCCUCGCACGCAGCACCAUCGAUCGACAUGGCUUCUGAAGAAGUGAAAGCUGGUAGUGGCUACCGUCGCUACUUACCUGAACCUGACUCGUACCCUCUCUCCGGGAUAGAAACAAAAGACAUCUACAGCUUUUCUAAACAAGCCUUGGUCGAUCCACGUGUUAGCGAGCUCUUUCACAACUGGGCGAAAAGUCUGGACACUCCGUUCUUUGGCUUGACGACUGACGGUACCAAGCGGAACGAUCUUUACAAGCUCGAGGACGAGGGAGCUCCCACACUGGCAGCAGUCAUCGCUGCCAAUCAACUCAUCGAGCAGCUGACAGUCGAUGAGAAGCUGCGAGCUCUUCACCCCCUUGAGGGCGAAGACUGGAGAAAAUGGUCAAACACGGAAAUCAUUGCUUUUGACAUUGGAUUGAGGCUCGAGGCUAUCGACCAACCCAAAAUUGAUCUUGUGUGGGAGCUCGUCAGGGCGUCUCUGAGCGAGAUUGGCUAUACCAAGAUCAAGAACGCAGUCAAGAUGAACCAUUUCUUGGGAGAUCUUGCUAGCAACCACGUCAUACUGAAUGAAAACAGCUACUUCUUUAUGAUGUUCGGCCGGCCGUCUCAGCAGGAGCCUUGGGGAUUCUCGCUAUCUGGACAUCACCUGUGCUUGCAUGUCUUCUUUAUCGGCAACCAGAUAGUUAUUGGGCCAGCCUUUAUUGGCUGUGAACCUAAUGUCAUCGACGAAGGCCCCAAUAAGGGCAUAGAACUGUUUCAGCGCGAGUCUACUUUGGCCUUGAAAUUGAUGCAAAGCCUCACGCCAAUGCAGCAGAGCCAGGCACAGAAGACUCCUCUGAUCCACGAACCGGAGAAGCCCGGCUGGAACAUCGUGGACCAGCGUCACUACGGAGGCACUGGUAAGGAUAAUGCGAUAGUCCCUUACGAAGGAGUGAUUGCGAGUACGCUAUCGUCUGAAAACAUAGACCUGCUUGUCUCAGUGGUUGCGGCGUUCCAUGAACUGUUGCCGUCAGAACCGCUCAGUCACCUGUUAGGCCGGGUUCGCCAGCACUUGGCUGAAACCUACUUCACAUGGACCGGAGGAUUUGGUGAUGGUGAUGCAUUCUAUUUCCGCAUCCAAAGCCCUGUCAUAUUCGUUGAGCUAGAUCACCAUACGGGUAUCUACCUCACCAACAAGGUCCCUGAGAAAUACCAUAUUCACACAAUCCAGCGCUUCCCCAACGGCAACGACUACGGCAGGGAGUUGAUCCUCCAGUGGAAGGAA